AUGCCGGCACGCUUCAAGGGGCUGAGUGAAUACCAGAGGAACUUUCUGUGGAAAAAAUCCUACUUAUCAGAGGCCUGCAAUAGCUCAGUGGGUCGAAGGCACCCAUGGGCUGGACUUAGGUCAGAUCAAAUAGGAAUCACAAGAGAGCCAAGUUUUAUUUCAAAAAGAAGAGUCCCUCACCAUGACCCACAGAUUUCAAAAUUUCUUGAGUGGAAUGGAGCUACCUCAGAGAACUGUGGGGUUGUGUCACCAGAACCUGAAGCCCCAGAAGCACUGGAAUCACAAGGGGCAGAACAAAAAGAUGUUAAUCAAGAAAGAGUUCUUGCACUAGAAGACACCAGGGUUCCCAAGAGAACCACGUGUCACUCUCCAGACUCCACAGCGGAAAGGGCUUCAGAUAUCGUGGAAAAUAAUACGGAUCCAAUAAUAAACCACAUACCAGCUAAUAAAAAUGUAGAACAGGAAAGUUGUACCAAGCCUCUCUCAGAAAAAACAGAUAAUAGGUGGGAUAGAUUUCUGCAGAAGAAAGCUGGAUUGACUGUUGUUCCUUCACAAAGUGUCUUGAGGAAUUCUGAAUAUCAAAGGCAGUUUGUUUGGAAGACCCCUAAAAAAACUGCUCCAGUUUUUGCAGCCAAUCAGGUUUUCCACAAUAAAAGCAAAUUUGUUCCACAAUUCAAAGAUAACUCAAUAAUCCAUGAAAGUGAAUACAAAAGAAAUUUCAAGGGUUUGUCUCCUGUGAAAGAACCAAAAUUAAGAAGUGAUUUGAAAGAAAACGGACAUUUUGAAACAGUAUCUCCUGAAAAAAAGUGUAAUAAAACAGACGAUUCUUUAAAAUUAGAAGCAGAAAUGGAAUCAAAAGACUUAAACCAGCUUAAAAAGAAGCUCACUCCUUGGAAACAUCAAAGGCUUGGGAAGGUGAAUUCUGAAUAUAGAGCAAAAUUUCUGAGCCCAGCCCAGUAUUUAUAUAAAGCUGGGGCAUGGACACAAGUGAAGGAAAAUAUACCAAAUCAGGGUUCUCUAAAUGCCAUGUGGUAUGCAGAGGUUAAAGAACUUCGAGAGAAGGCUGAAUUUUAUAGGAAACGCGUUCUGGGCACUCAUUUUUCUCGGGACCAUCUGAAUCAGGUUCUGUCUGAUAACAACAGUUGGUGGGAUGUCUCCUCGACCACGAGCUCAGAAGGAACUGUUAGCAGUAACAUUAGAGCACUAGAUCUUGCUGGAGAUCCUACAAGCCAUAAGACUUUGAAGAAAUGUUCUACAAAACGAGAAGGAAAAAGGCCUAUCUUGGAAGAACAGCUCCAGAAAAAUACCACGGAGAAAUUGGGUGUGUCAGAUGCUUCCACUGUACCUGUCAGAAGGCGCCUGGCCUGGGAUGAUGCAGAGAUCACCAAUGAAGACCUGCAGAAAGAUGCAGGGGACAGAGGAAGGGACAAGCAGGUUUAUAUGGGAGAGUUAGAGAAGUUGGAAGUACAUGAAAAAUCUAAGGCAGACAAGAUAAAAGAAGGGUCAGAUUCUUCUUCCGUAUCCUCAGGAAAAGGAGGCAGGCUUCCUACUCCGAAGCUGAGAGAACUUGGUGGAAUUCAAAGGACUCAUCACGAUCUUACCACUCCAGCUGUUGGCGGUGCUGUUUUAGUGUCUCCAUCUAAAGUGAAGCCUCCAGGCCCAGAACAGAGAAAACGAAUGUCUCUGCAGGAUGACUUUAGAAAGAAAGAAGGUCAUGUGGUAGCCCUCCUGACUUCUCCAGCUGCUGGUAUAAAAACAGUUGAUCCCUUGCCUUUAAGAGAAGAUUCUGAAAUCAAUAUCUCCAAAUUUUCGGAAUCCACUCUUCCAGUUUCAAAAAAUCCAGAAUAUCUAACAAACAGGUCUGGGCAGUCUCCUUCUCAACCCUGUCCUUCAUCCUACUGGCAUCCCUCUCAUCGAAUUAAUGGCUCUCUGAGAGAUCCAGAAUUUCAGCAUAAUGUGGGAAAAGCAAGGCAGAACGAUUUCCAGUUACCGCAGCAUGAUGCCUUUGAUGAAGAUGAAGACAGAUUAUCUGAGAUUUCUGCUCGCUCUGCGGCUUCUAGUCUCCGGGCUUUUCAAACUCUGGCACGAGCUCGGAAAAGGAAGGAGAAUUUCUGGGGCAAAUUAUAA